AUGAGACAUUUCCUUUUGCUCAAUUGCAUCACAUUGCUAAUUGCUUCAUUUUCGUUUGCUAUCGUCUCACCCAUCUUUGGCCAAGCUGAAGUUUACAAUUUAUUGGAGGGCAAAGUAUAUCAACCUGCUGACGCCGCCGGAGAAAAUAUUGGAAAAACAUUUGUUGGUGGCGAGCCACCUGCUGCAAGGACCAUUUCGCAACAUACAUCACCACUAAGCACUUCAUCGUCCAUUGUUCUGAUAUCGACCGCUGAUAUAAAUGGAACAAACAUUGGGGUGAGCUCUGCUAGCGUUUCUGGAGGCAGUCGUGUUGCAGCACCAGCUUGGUUAAUUACAAUGGGUGAAAUAGUGAGCCAAUUCUUUCCUAUUUAA